UUCACUUGUCAAAAUGUCUUGAAAGAAACACGGCGUCAUGUGAUGAAAUGAAAAUGCAUUAAUUCUUGGCGAUAUUUUUCAUGUCUUGUGUUUAAUGUAAAUGCAAGGAGUGAUGAUAGCGACAGGAGUAAUCAUUUGUAUUUUUAUUUGUGACUUUGUGGGAGGAACAAACGUUUUUAUUUGACAUUUGUUUCCACGUGGUGUACGUCAGAUUUUAGUCGACGUGUUAGGAACUUCACAUAUUUUAAGUUCUUGACCGCAUUUUACGAAGAAAUGGAGUCCUUGAAUAUGUCUAAGUUAAACCUGUCCAGCGUGCGAGGCAACACGUCCAACGAAAACAGUGCACGGGCUGAACCCUUCGAAGUUAAACUGGAUACCACCGCGCUAACUGACCCCGACGAUGAAUAUCAUUGUGAAUACAGAGAUGACAUAUGGCAGAGCCUGCUUGAACAAGAGUCACAGAAGCCCACAAUCCACCUGCAAUCACCACAGCUGGAAUUCCGCGGUACAUUAGUGCAGCAGCUGCGUGACGUCACCAAGAAGCUCUGCCUCAGCAUCGCGACACUCCACUCAGCUGUCGCUCAGCUCGACUUGUUCAUGGACGCCCACCGGCUCAGAGCGGACCGGCUGACUCAUGUAGCGCUGGCCUGCCUUAGUCUAGCUGCAAAAGGCGAAGAGAAGAUCGGUCUCGCGCCCACACUGAAAACCUUGGCCAAGAUCAGCGGCGUCCAGCUUUGCGGCAAGACAUUCCGCCAGCUAGAAUGGAUGGUCGGCCAACACGUGCGUUGGAGGCUGCUGGCACCAACUCCUGUGUCCUUCGCAGCGCUACUGUCUCAGUACGUGGUGACUGAUGGCGACCUGACCACCAGACACCCGAAGUUCGUGAGACGGUUCCGCAGAGACGCGGCUCGGUUGCUGGAAAGAUAUCUGGACUUGACGCUGUCUGACGUGCGCCUCAAAGUGGUGGACUCUGUUGACGUUGGCUGCGCGUGCGUCGCGUGCGCGCGCGCCGACCUCGGGCUGAGCGCGUGGCCCGCGUGGCUCGCCGAGCGUGCCGGCCGUAAACCCACCAGCGUGGCGCCCCUCGCGCGUCUUCUGCAGCGGAUGAUGCAAAUACUGAAAUCCCGCGAGAACGGCGGCGAUUCCGAAGCCGAUCAAGGGUAUAGCAGCGCGAGAACAUCUCCCAACCUCACUCCGUGCACUUCCCCGAGGUACCACAUAUCUCCAGCUUCCAGCACUUGCAGCAAUUCCUCCAGAAGUUACAUCAACGUCGACUCUUCCUACCGCCAACACCCAAUCACAGAACGAAGACCAGACUCCUCAUACUCCGUCUUAGACUUAGACGACACAAACGUCCAACCAACCGUGAACGUACAAGAAUACUACCAACUACCCACAGCCGUUGACAUGACACUGCAAAGGGUCGACAACCCAUCGGAGUACAGGUAUUGUAGAUCCCGUAGACUUGUAGAAGCUAGUUUAGAAACUGUCGAACCGUCUACCAGUAUGGCAGUGAAACGAGGCCUCGAAAACAACGUAGAAUUAGAUAGGAAACGGUACAGAUUAACCACUCAAAUGUCACAAGUGGUUCUAUGAUUAUAUCUAGUCCCAGGUCUUCGUUCACGAAUGUAUCAUGGCAACGAUAUAAACAUAUCGUGUGCUGUUCUAUUCGUGAAUGUUGACGCACGAUUGCGAAUACGUGCCGAUUAUUUACUCCUUUUCAUCUUAUUUGUCGGUAUUUGCGAUCGAAACUUAGGAUAAUUUCAACUGUGUAUUCCAAAUAUGCUAUUUAUACAUGUAACGCUGCAGCUAGAUGCUUUUUGAAAUUAUUGCGAAAGAAAUUACGUCAUCUAGAUAUCGCAUAUCUAAUACGACAUAAGUAUACCUAAUUUGCAUAAUAAGUAUACUUAUCUUUAUUCUAAAACUUACACAGUACACGAAAUCUUAAUCAGCUGAAGUGUCCGCGGUACCGAGUUAAUCUGUAUUGUUUAAAAUUGACAGUAAAACGAAAAGCAAUUGAGAAGUGUUAUGUUGAAUGGAAUUGAUGACUAAAGAAUGACUAUUGAACGUGGUUGUGAUACUAAGUAAUCGAAAAGGACACCUUCUCGAUUGUAAUUUUGUACGAAACUGUAGGUGUAGUUAGAAACAAAUUGUUAGGUUAAUGUCAUCGUAUUUGAAUUUGUUAAAUUAGAAUGGAUUAAAACAUAUCUUAAAUAAACCUUGCACUAUUAGAUUUUGAUUUUAACACAGACGAAAUAGAGCAGCAACGAUUUUAUUUUAUAAACCAGAAACGAGAUUGUUCAUAAGAUUCAAUAAGAUCCUACAAAUUAUUCUAAUAUGGUUUAAAUGUGAUGACAUUUUCCUCUAAUUAGUUAAUUAGUUCCGCAAACAUCAACAGAACAUGUCCACAACAGUAUUUAUCCAACAUUCCUGUUAAAUCUGAUGUCAAACUAAAAAAUAACAAAAAUAAGGUCACUUUCAAAUAAGCGUAUAAGUGCGGUUUUGUGUGUAUACUUGCUCAUUUUCGUGUACACGAAUCGCUGAUGUUUCGUUCGCGCGUUUUUCUUUAAGCCGGGUUCAGACGGGUGUAACGCGUAAUGAAAUGUAUCGUGUAAUAUAAUGGAAAAAGUGUGGGCAGCACUAUACAUGUAAUGCUCGUACAAGUAGAAUUUCUGUUACAUUACACGUAAUCUUACAUUACACAUUACACCCGUUUGGCGGCUUUAAGCGCGAAAUAUCACAAAAAUUCGUACAGAAACUGCUUAUUUGACCAUAAAAAAUUUACCAUGUCAUGUUGAUGUUGUGGUUGUCUCGAUUGCCUUAUGACUGUUUAGUGUAGCCUGUAUUAGACACAAUUACUACACAAAAAUAAUCAAGUGUAUGUAAGUUAAUUCAAAUUGUAGUAUCAGAACGAUCUGGAUAUCGUUCUAUAUUAUUUUUUGUUUAAUAUCAGUGACUUAAAUACUCAUAAAUAAUUAAAGUAAGAUAACCAACAUAUACUUGAUUGUAUGGACCUAAAAAAAUAGUUUAAUUGCAAUGAUACUUAAUUUGGACAUCGCGUUACUUUAACUUAUAGUAUUUUAUGUACUUCUUGUCUGUAUAGCGUUGUUUUUGUAUAUGAGUUAUGUAUAGCGAAUACACACUAUUUAAAUGAAUAUAUUAUUAUUCGGUUAGUUGAGUGUUCGAUUGCUGUUUUUAAAAAACUUGGUAUUUGAAAUGUUCUCAACAUAAUUUUAAUGUAUAACAGCAGUUGGACGCUCGAUAUUUUAACCAAUUUCGGCUGUUUUGGAUAAGUUGUGAUUGUUUUAAUUUAUUGUUGCGAGUAUUUCGAAGUGAACUGUUGUUUAUGAACCUGCAUUUAGUUGAAUGUCCUAUCCAUUAGUCAUGUAUUUACUUUUACAUGUUCCUUGAAGUUUUGCAGAUAUUUUUCAAAGUAUUUAAACGCCAAGUUAGUAUUUAAAUAUCUGCAAAAUGCAUAAUUUCUGUGUUUUAUCUGACAUUUUGAGAUUACCAUGACUAUGUGGAUAGUGUUGAUUGCUUCGAGGUAUUUCUCUUUGAGUGAUAUGGAAUAGAAUCUUUUUUUAUAUAGAUUUCUAUCAUCGCUCAGUUUUUACUCGAAGUUGUUUUUAUUUUUUUAAUUUUAUACAAUUCAAAGAUUCCGUUCCAUUACCACUACUUUUUUAUUUACCCCAAAAAUGGGGUCAUCAUUACCACUCCACAUAUUAUUUUGAUGUGACAAAGAUUCAAUGGUGUAGAGAGCUAGGUAAAAUUGACAAAUGUAAUUUUUUGUGUAUAAUUAUGUAGAAGUGUGUAUAGAUGGCCUCAAAGACUCACGCGGGUGUAAUUUUAUGUCGGUUAAGUAUUUUCUUAUAAUUUUUACGGCCUACGUUUUUUUAAAUUCUUUUGUUGAUUUUAAAAAGAUAAUAAUGCCUACGGUGUAUUUUUCAAAUCGUCGAGUUACCAUUACGUUUCUAGAUUUUAAAAUGCCGAAUUUUCUCCAAUAUAUUGAUGAUGUUGAAAUUUUAAGCGCACGAUGGUGUUGCCCUGUUGAUGAAAAUUUUACCCCUGUUUCUAACGUGAUUAGAUUUUUAACUUCCCUGGUGAAUCAAACCGAAGAAAUGUUUCUCAUCUUAUUUUUAGAAAAUCCUAAGUAAUUCUUAUCUUAUACUUUUCCUUCUUUUUCUUACGGUUUUACAAUAAACAACUGCCAGAAACGACUAGUAUAUUUAAAAAAAUCAUUCAUGUGCUUCCUUCAUCAUUCUGAUUUAAAUAAGUUCAUUGAUCUGUAUAAUGUGUUUUCCAGUUCAAACAACAUAAAAGGAACUCAAAAAAUCUGUUUUUUAUUCUGAAUACCUACAUGUGAAAGAGCCAACCAAUUUCGGAGGCUAAAAUUUUCUUGACAUGAUCCCAAGCUAAGUUUUAUUUGGUGUUAACUGGAAACCAUAUUAAUAAUUCAUUAGGUUUACAAUCACCUGUGUAAUCAGCUAUGAUGCUUAUCAAUUGUAUAGUGCAAAUGUUGCACAACAUAAGUAACGGGUAUAUGUAUAACUAAAACUGUUAAAUUAUUGAUUAUAAUCAAAAUAAUGUGUUCUUCUGGAAUUGUAAGGUAUCAAAAAGUAUGGAAACUACAAACCUUUGCUUGCAUUGUUGGAAAUUGUUACAAAUAUAUCAAGUAGUCAAAAUGACGCUUAUAGCAGUCGUAUUUAAAGAUUACAUAAUAUACCUAAGUAUUUACUGUAAAUUAAUACCAUAAUAGAGCCUUACAAUUUUAGAUUAAUAUUAACGUUAAAAUUCAUGGGCCCGUAUUACGAAUCGACGCUUAAAACACAAUUCUCUUCAAAUCUUUGAUUCUAAGAUUUUCUCUCUAUUUUAGUUGAAAUCUUUGAUUGGUUGGAGUUAAAUAUUUAAACCAAUAAGAGCAGAAACUACACUUAAGUUUGAACAGAAAUUCGAGCAUCGUUCGUAAUACAGGCCAUGAAGAUUCAUACAAAAGCAAAUCCUAUGUACGACUAUUAAUGUUAAGACUGAAAGUUAGAUUGUAUGAGCGGCUCAGGGCUGAAAAACGAUUAUUUUGUACUAAAUUAACGUUGAAGACGCAUUGUAAAACUUGAAAUAAAUAUUUAAUACAUCA